AUGAAUGAUAUCUCUUUUGCUGAUGAAUACUUAGUCGAAGCACCGAGGCCGGUUGAUUCAACUGUGAUCAAUUUGAUAUGUUACUUCAAAUAUGGAAAGAAAGUGUACUAUGAUUUGGAUAAUGCAUAUAUGGAUGGCUUGGUUAGCAAUAUUUUGGCUGAUUCUCAGAUCAAAGAGACUCGUCUUCAUGCUCAUAUUGACUUGGUUGCUAGAGAAGCAAAAGAAAUAAAUGAGAAGAUCCUAGUUGAGUUAUCUACCGUGAAAGGUGUCCUAGAUCAUCUUAAGGAUUUCACUCUUAUGUUCAACUUUAAUGAUAUUGAUGCCACCUAUGAUCCCUCUCCUGAUGAUUUAUAUUAG